AUGAUUACCGGUUCACAUCGCUCGUAUUUUGGUGAUAUUAUCACCAAAUGGUUUCAUAGAGUUAUCGGCAUUCGCACUUGCGGUGCCAUUCGCUAUGGUGGUCUAAUUACUGUCAUUGCUCGCUCCCUCACGGAGCAAUCUCCUCCCGGGUACACUUUCUUUUCGGCUGAUUCCUUCCGUUUGACCCUGCAGAACCUUCGGGCUAUGCACAUGCUUCGUACUACCCCGGGUGGGUAUGUUUGGAUGCGGGGUCGCUCCACUUAUUUCAAGGUCAUUGGCCCUGAUGUCAUCGCCCUAGCAGACCCCAUUAGCAACACUAUGUGGGUUCUCCCAUCGAACAUCCCACCACCUCCUAGCAUACGUAGGGCACAGCAAGUCAGACAUCCACCAUCUGAUCGACCAUGUUCGUCCACUCAGCAUCCAGACUACGCGGACGCAACACCUGUUUCCUUUAGGCAGCCUGAUCCCAUGCAGACUGACUAUUAG